GCCCUCGCAGUUGGAUAAAAUGCAAGAGCAGCUUAACAAAAUCAUCUUGCAACUGGCCCCCCUAGCAGCUCUCAUGGAAGAUGUCAAAACGAUCAAGUCUGACAUCAGCGAUCUGAAGGAGUCAUUAGAUAUGGCACACGGACUUAUAAACAACUUUUCAAGUUCUAUAAAAUCUCUUGAAACGCGUGUGUCAGUGAUUGAAAAGGUGGCAAAUGUGACACCUACUCUCCAAGCAGAAAUAUCCAGACUAAAUCGUGAAAUUGAUGAUAGGGACCAAUGGGCCAGAGCUAACAACGUUGAGAUAAGGGGAAUCCCUCAGAAGAAAAGUGAAAAUCUAUACGACAUAGCCAUGAAGAUUGGAAGUUUAUGUGAUUUUCCUAUCAAAAAAGAGGAAAUAAAUUAUGUUGCCAGAAUACCCACUCGAGUGCCUAAUGCUGAGAAACCAAUCAUAAUGUCACUCAAUAAUCGUUACACCAAAGAAGAAUUGGUAGCUUCAGCGCGUAAAAGCAAGAAACUUAACCUUCCUGCGAUGGGCUUCUCCACACCUGGAAACAUUUACAUAAAUGACCAUCUCACACAAAGAAAUAAGUCAUUAUUAAGUAAGGCAAAAUCAUUGGCAAAGGAAAAGAAUUUCCAGUAUAUAUGGGUAAAACACUCAAAAAUCAUGGCAAGAAAAUCAGAUACAUCACCCAUAUUUUUUAUAAAAUCCGAAAGCGAUCUUUCCAAAAUAAUCUGAUUCAUUACUUACUAUGUUUAAU